AUGUGUAAGAUCAACCUUCUGUGCGCAUUAAUCGUGUGGUGUACCAUCACAGUUGGUGUUGAAGUUGGUACUUCAAGCAUGAUUCAAGAUAUUCCGCAGCAACAGCAACAACAAACCGAAAACCAGUUAUGUGAUCAGAGCUGUCAGAUAGUCACACCGCAACAGAACAUCACGCAGAAUCCGCAUGAUAAAGUGUACAGAACCUGUGGAGAGGUUCCCUCUUCGGGCGUAUACACCAUACAACCGGAAAAACCCUUCAAGCAACCGAUGAGCGUGUUGUGUGAUCAAAAGUACGAUUCUGGCAGAUGGACCGUGAUACAGCAUCGGUUCAAUGGAUCCACAAACUUCUAUCGCAAUUGGAAAGAGUACAAGAACGGGUUUGGAAAUCUGGACGGUGAGUUCUGGUUGGGCUUGGAUCGUAUUUAUCAACUGACAGUGUCACGACCGUACGAGUUGGUGGUGGUGCUGGAAGAUUUUGGUGGCAAUAAGACGUACGCGAAAUAUGAUCUGUUCGAGAUUGGAGACGAGAGCCAAAAGUAUGAAGCGACAAAGGUUGGUGGAUAUACGGGAACGGCGGGUAAUUCUUUCAGUGGCACCACGGGCAUGAAAUUUUCAACAUUCGACGCGGAUAACGAUAUAUGGGAAAAGCACUGUGCAGUCACAUUUACCGGCGCCUGGUGGUACAACAAUUGCCAUAUGAGCAAUCUCAAUGGAAAAUAUCUUCGAGGGGAAACGAAAGAAUAUGCAACUGGCAUGGUAUGGGCCACCUUUCGGGGGCAUCAUUACGCACUUAAAACAUCAAAAAUGAUGAUAAGACCAAAGAAGGUUUAA